AGCGGUUUUGAUUUAAGCAGAAGACACUUCCGUGUGUGUUGUUGAAAAUGACUUCUGCUGUAUGUAGAUAGCAAAACCUCCACUCUUAUGUAGCAAACGUUGAUAUGAAACUUAAGUAGGUUGUUUAUGACGUGGUGUAGGCCGAAAACAGUUCACAGCCUGGCAGGAUAGACACAUGUGGAACACAGAACUGACCUGGUAUCUUCACUGGGUAUUAUAUGACGUGCUGAACUAGCUGAUGUUUUCAUUGUGGACUGGGUGACGUGCUUACUGGCUGGUGUCUUCCUUGAAUAUAUAAUAACAUGCGCAAGUGCAGGGUGUCUUCCUUGAAUAUAUGAUAACAUGCGCAACUGCAGGGUGUCUUCCUUGUCUAUUGGAUAAUAUGCGCAACUGAAGGGUGUAUUCAUUGUGUGUUGGAUAACACGCUCAACUGAAGGGUGUAUUCAUUGUGUUGGAUAACACGCUCAACUGAAGGGUGUAUUCAUUGUGUGUUGGAUAACAUGCUCAUCUGAAGUGUGUAUUCAUUGUGUAUUAGAUAACAUGCUCAUCUGAACGGUGUAUUCAUUGUGUAUUAGAUAACAUGCUAAAUGAAGGGUGUAUUCAUUGUGUAUUAGAUCACACGCUCAACUGAAGGGUGUAUUCAUUGUGUAUUAGAUAACAUGCUCAUCUGAAGGGUGUAUUCCUUGUGUAUUAGAUAACAUGCUCAUCUGAAGAAUGUAUUCAUUGUGUAUUAGAUAACAUGCUCCACUGGUCAGUGUUGUCACUGUGGAGCCAAACAGUAAAACACCAGUAGUUGUGGAGGCCAGUGGUUCCAUCCAACCUGCAGCAUGAGGAUAAAGGUGAAACGUACGUUUGUGUCCCUGGUGCUCGUUGGUGUUCUCACAUUCGUCUUUUACCUGCACAGUCAGGUGAAAGAACCGCAGAAUGAGAGAAUGAUAGCGGACUACGCACAUGGUGCAGAUGACAAACUAAAAACCACAACGAAGAACAUGCCAAGACUUGGACUGUUACACAAACCCAAGGCAUCGCCUGCCAGCGUGGGUGAAGCCCCACCUGAACUCCACGCACAUGCUGGAAGUGAAUGUCCCAAACUGAUGCUCCCAGUUAAUGUCGAGGACAAGCAGUCGUUUCAGAUGGUGAAUGCGAAGACUGAUCUGUACGUGUUCUCUGCGUUUUACGACGAUGUCGGGCAGCCAGCCAUUCUGCGGAUCAUCGGGUUAAAUGUGCGGUAUGGAAGCGGAUCCGUCCUGUGUCAGGCCUGGUUCGAAGGACGACCCAACAGCCUGAGUGUCAUCACUGGAAGUGUCCAACGAUUGCCGGAAGAUCAUGGUCUCAGAUAUGGAGCAGUAUACAUCAAGUGUCCUCUCCGUGAUGGCCAGAAGCCAUAUGCUGUGUCGGUGGUGAAAGAUUCGUGCCAGGAACCCAUCAACCUGCUGAAGGUGAUCUACUCCGAGAGGUCGGCCAACUUCACAGUGUGUGUGACGCCGUUCAACUUCCGCUACAGUCGCGCCUACGAGCUGGUCGAGUGGAUCGAGAUGAACCGCAUGCUGGGCGCCGACUACUUCACCUUCUACAACCACAGCACCGGUGUCAACGUUGACAGCGUUUUGAAGCUGUACGUAUCUCAGGGCUUGGUGAACGUUGUCCAGUGGCAUCUUCCGAUGGCGGUCGAUCAUUGGCCGCCUGGCGGCAAAUCGGAGGUUCAUUAUUUCGCCCAGCUGGCCUCACUUAACGACUGUGUUUACAGAAACCUACACCGGUCGAAAUACCUCGUGUACGAAGAUUUAGACGAGGUUAUCAUGCCGCGUCAGGCAAGAAACUGGACUGCAUUUUUGUCCACAAGACUCAAGGAGAAUUCGAGAUUUGGUGUAUUCAUAAUCAGGUGCAAUUUUUUCCGGAAAGACUGGCCCCUCUUAAAAACCGACUUCAAAGGAAAGGACAUAGCUGAGAAGUUCCGAUCUAUAUUUCUCUUCACAACUACGAAGGAGCAGAACGUGUUUGGGUAUAACCAGAGAUCAAAGUUCAUCACCGAUCCCCGCAAAGUUGAAAUAGUCGGCAUCCACAACAUCUGGGUAGCGAGGUCCAAUACGUUGAUCGACCGAGUGCCCGACUCGCAGGGCUUGCUGCACCACUACCGCAACUGGGAGAAGCCGAACGAGAAAAUCCCACGGACUACCGACAUGUACAUGCACACAUUCGCAGACACGCUGAUAUCGCGACUCGAGCUGAUCUGGUCACAGCUGGGAAACGUUCGGCUUGACAUUCCAUUGUCAGAGUACCCAUCACCUGUAUAACACAAAUGUUCCCUGUAGAGAUGAUGGCACCAUCACCAGUAUUAAAUAUAAUUAAUACUGACAUCGGUGUAAUGUAAUACUGUCACCUACUUAAUCAGGGGUUCAAAAAAUUUCCAAAAAAUUACUGGCCUGGUUAAAGGCCAUGGUAUGUGCUUUCCUGUCUGUGGGAAAGUGCAUAUAAAAAAUCCCUUUCUGCAUAAGGAAAAAUGUAGCAGGUUUCCUCUGAUGACUACAAGUUAUAAUUACCAAAUGUUUGACAUCCAAUAGCUGAUGAUUAAUUAAUCAGUGCUCUAGUGGUGUCGUUAAACAAAACAAACUCUUUUUUUUUGUUACUUUAAAUUUAGUGUCAUAUAAUAGUAGUGUCUUGUAUGACCUCGCUAAAUUUGCUAACACUUUAUGCUCACUAACGACCGGGACGAUCAUAUCAUGCAGUGAGGUGUAUCAUUUCUUAAUGUGAAUGUUUGCCGACUACGUGGUAUUCUCAACAUGUAUAGUGGACACUGUUGACAGAAUCUUUUGAGGUGUCUGCAUAACUGGCGACCAUUUGUUAAAAUAGAGAAAGAUAGAGAACAAAAACAAAUAACAGAACCUGUUUCCACCGUUCUUUGUUACUAUUUCAGGCAUCGAACUAAGGAUAUAGAGCCUGGUAAGAAUGUGCAGGUUUCUAUAAAUUAUGGACCAGGAUCAAAUUCCACGAAGCUGUCUUAGCACUAAGAUCACGUUAAGGAAGAAGGCAAUAAAUGUUUUAUUUAACAAUGCACUCAACACAUUUUAUUUACGGUUAUAUGGCGUUGGAUAAGAACCACACAGA